AUGGCCGGCAACCUGCCGCGUUCAUUCAAUGACGUUUGGGAACCGGGAAAGAAGGCUUUCAAUGAGUAUAAACAGCCGAUAUCCAAUCUCUUUACAAAAGAAGCCAAACAGCAACGCUUCGAAAAUGAGGGUGAAGGUGUGCUGGACAGCUAUCAAGCUCAAGGAAACGAAACUUCUACCCACAAGGUCAGCACGACGGCCGAGAAUUUUAGCUAUGAAGAUGAUCGCCGAGACACGGCACGACCAAAUAAAAUUCUAAUGCUAGUCGAACAAUAUCAAUGUAUGAACUGUCGGAAACGGUGGCAGCUUGCACUGCUCGCCAACAUCGGAUUCUUGAUCAUCUUCGGUAUCCGCUGCAACUUUGGAGCCGCCAAAAAUCAUAUGUUCCGAAACUAUACGGAUCCGUGGGGUCAUAAACAUAUGCACGAUUUUAACUGGACGAUCACUGAGCUAGGUGUAAUGGAAUCUUCAUUUUUCUAUGGCUACCUUGUCACACAAAUCCCAGCUGGAUUCCUCGCCGCGAAAUAUCCACCAAAUAGAUUAUUUGGGCUUGGCAUCGGCAUGGUGGCAGUUUUAAAUCUCUGCCUCCCUUACGCCUUCCGGAGUAAAUCGGAUUUUAUGGUGGCGAUGAUACAGAUAUUUCAGGGAUUGUUUCAGGGAAUAGCUUAUCCUUCUAUGCAUGGCGUCUGGCGAUACUGGGCUCCACCUUUAGAGCGUUCUAAAUUGGCAACGACAGCUUUUACAGGUUCCUACGCCGGAGCUGUUCUUGGCUUACCCGUCAGUGCUUUUCUUGUCGCCUAUGUCAGUUGGGCGGCACCAUUUUAUUUGUAUGGUGUUCUCGGAGUACUUUGGACAAUCCUCUGGUUUGCUAUGACCUUCGAAAAGCCAGCCAACCACCCAACGAUUUCACUGGAAGAAAAGAAAUAUAUCGAAGAGGCAAUCGGCCAUGUAUCAUACACGCAUCCAACGUUGGCCUCAAUCCCAUGGAAAGCUAUGUUGACUUCAAAACCCGUAUGGGCAAUCAUUGUGGCCAAUUUUGCGCGUUCCUGGACGUUCUAUCUAUUGCUACAAAAUCAGCUAUCUUAUAUGAGAGAUGUAUUUGGGUUGAUGAUGAAUGAUUCCGGUAUCAUCGCUGCCCUUCCCCACCUUGUCAUGGGUAUUGUCGUCUUGUUGGGAGGCCAGCUAGCUGAUUAUCUACGCUCUAACAAAAUCCUGUCAACCACUGCUGUUCGGAAGAUCUUCAACUGUGGAGGCUUUGGUGGCGAGGCGUUUUUUAUGCUAUUUGUCGCCUAUACCCAGAAAGAAUCCGUUGCUGUACUCUGCCUUAUUUUGGCGGUCGGAUGCUCUGGAUUCGCGAUUUCAGGGUACAAUGUGAAUCAUCUCGACAUCGCUCCUCGAUAUGCGGCCAUUUUGAUGGGUUUUUCCAAUGGUGUCGGUACGCUAGCUGGUCUAAUGUGCCCGCUGAUUACGGAGAGCUUUACGGCUCAUGGUGCUCAUGGGUGGACCAAAGUCUUUCUACUCGCUUCAUUGAUCCAUUUCACCGGAAUCACUUUUUACGCAGUAUUUGCAAGCGGUGAACUCCAGGAUUGGGCCGAGCCGAAAGAAGAAGAAACCAGUUGGAAUGCUUCUUACCUUGGGAAGCAAGCGGUCGGAAACCCGAACUAUGGUACCUCCACCACUGCCAUUCCGACUGGAAAGCCAGCUGCACCACCUGCACGCCCACAACCACCACCUCAGCCGGAACAAAAACCCUAUGAUCCUUUGAAUCCAGAUUGG